GGGCCCUGGUGGUGGUGUGCGCGGAGGUCGGUGACCGGCGCCGGUUUGAGCAUUUCCUCGCUCCCAAACCGAGCGGCUUUCUGCAAGCAUUGCUCGUUCCUCCAUGGCUCCCGAGGUCAGUUCGGGGAAGAGGGUGCAGUAGGUGACACCAUGGAAGACUCCGAUUCGGAGUCCGUGCGAACGGUCAAGGAGCUGCCGGACGACACGGCGCCAAAACCGGCAGCUCAGCGAGAUGAUUCCGGGGGCCCGAGCGCCGAGGCUGCAAACAGGUUCUACUUUCAAGAACACUUGAAGAAAAAUUUGCUGUCAAUAAAUCCAAGUGCUCUUCAAACCUUGGAGACUUUAAUGCAGGAGAUUCAGAAUACUAGUCGGGCAGAUCCUGAGAUUCUGAAGAGUUGCGAGCUAAGAUGGCUACAGCUAUUUAAACUAGUGGAGAAACAGUACCAAGACCAGAUAUUGUCUCAACAAGACCAAUACCAAUGUCAAAUCCAACUCAUCCAAGAUGAAAUCAAAGCACUAAUCCAGUUACAAAAUGAAGGUGGUGUCAAACAUAGUACAGCCAAAUUUCCAUUACCUUCAAAGCACAUGGAUGACUUGACUGGAUGUGAUACUGUCAAUGGCCAUCACGUAGAGGAGUUGAGACAUUCUGACUGUGGUAAAGCAAAGGGACAACUACCAGCUACCAGCCAAUGUACUGAUGAAGAGAUAAAAUUGCAAGACAGCAUGGAAUUGAAUUGUGCAAGUGAACAAAAUUUUCCAAGCUUUGAUGCAAUAAAUGAGACGAGAUUGAAUACUCUAGACAAUACACAGACAAUGAAGGAGAAAGAUUCAAUGCAAUUCCAGCAAAACCAAUUCAGUCUUCCUCAUCUGAAAGAAAAUGGACACCAAGCAUUCAUUUCUGCAGCUGGUGAUAAGCACUCUUUCACACUUAAAUUUUCAAGCAAACCGGUUCAAGACUUGAAGAUAAAUCAGGAAGCAAGUAACAGCAAAUCUGAGAUGGAAAUUAAAAUGGAGACUGAAAGUCAGCUUGGCAAACAGAAUAAUGCCAAUGGCUUGACAUCUUGGGUACAGAAGGUUAAACAGAAGAACUGGAAAUCAAAGUCUGGAACUAGAGCCUCAUGUGAUACUAUGCAGCCACAAGGAACCAGGCAGCUACAGGAGACUGAAAGGACAGAAGGUGUUCAUUUGCCAUCUGCACGUUCUUCUCCCAACUGCUCUUUCUACCUCAGCAGACCUUCCAGCAGUCCAAAUUCUUUGGUGUCCAGUGUUUCAGGACUGUCAUAUUGGAAGAUGGACGAGGGGGAGCUAUACCAUGCUUUACCAAACAACAAGGAGACUGAUGUAUUAUCUCCCUCCAAAACCGUCAAAGCAUUACGUCUUCCAGCAGGUGAGAUUCCUUCACUGAAGGAGAUUUAUUGCAUGAAGCAGAGAGACAGAAAGCAUCUAUCUGGUUGGGGAUCGUGUUCACCUCCACUCCUUCGAUCUCCACCACAGGUUUUAACACUUGAUCCCACACUUCACAUGAAGCGUCCUACACCAUUUUCUCCACAUGAUCAUUGUAGUACCCCAGUGGUGGUUUCGGAAUGCGACACUCCAUCUUCAGUUAGCCCUGACUCUCUUGUGGGAGUAACCACACAAAGCUAUUGCCAUCCUAAUUUGGGAUCAUGUGUACGUACUGCUCCAGAAUCUGAAUUGACAGAUACUUCCAGAUAUACUGUGCGGAAUAGCUCAUUGCCUUCUCCAGACUGGAAUCUCCAUUCUGGUACUCAGUCUUCCACUGCUGUCCAAGGUCAACAUUACUUAAGCUUGAAAGAAACAGGGAAUUCGAGUGCAUUAGCAGGACAAGAGGGCAAUUCUACAAUAACUCCUACAAUAACACCUGUGCCUUGCGUUGAAUUGAGGAGCGGAAAUAAUAUGAAUAGAUCAUUGGACCAUAAUGUUCCUGCAUCGUCUCUUGAAGAUCCUGUUAUGUUAUCUGUUGCUCGCCUAAACUUGCGUGAGAAGCAUGCACGGCAUGUGGCUGACAUUAGAGCUUACUACGAGGCAGAAAUCAGCAGCCUAAAGGAGAAAUUGGAUACUUUAAGUUCACCUUCUGCAGUAUCUGAGGCAGAAAAACAGAACCAGAAUCUUUCAAAAAGAUGUGAACAACUGGAAGGAGCACUAACCGAAGCUGCCAAGCGAAUUCGGGACCUUGAGAACAAGAACUAUUUGAUGGAAAUGCAGUUGGCUGAGUGGCCUGGACGCUACGAUGCAGUCAGUACUGCAGCUAAGGCUCUGCAGCAGCGCCUGGAUGAAAUGCGAAAAGAUAGCAAGGAGAAAGAUAACAUGGUCAACAGACUCAAUAGCAGGCUGAAAGACCUCGAAGAAGCUUUUGAACGGGCAUACAAACACUCCGAUAAUAAAGAUGCCCGACUGAAACAAGAACACAAAAUGCUACAGGAUUUGCUUACAGAGUACGAGUCACUGGGAAAAGAACAUGAGCGAGUCAAGGGAGCUUUGAAUACCACGGAAGAUAAACUGUAUGAUGCAAAUUCUCAGAUCUCUGAGCUGAAAAGAGUUGUAUCUAAACUUGAGGCUCAGAUUAGACAAGCAGACCAUGAGAGGAGCUACAUGAAGGUUCGGACUGGUGCAGAAAGCUGUUUACGUACAUCAAACAACAGCCUUUUUAACCACCACAAUGCUUAUCAUUCUCCUGUAAAAUCUGCUUCAACUGAUGUGGCAAGACGGAAGUGGCUGACUCCAGGUUCUGAUUAUUCCAUCUUCACAGGACGUCCUUUAGAGAGUAACUACAGUGGAUUUGAGGAAACUCACUUGCAGCCCAGAAGGUACCAUUCUCCACCAGAGAAAGAUCACCCAUUCAGCCAGCAGGAUUCGUCAGAGCCCAAUCCUCCCAUUCUGAAAGCACUGAAGCAACUUGAUUCCAGAAAAAGUACUGAAAACUGGGGAGUACAAGCACAAUUACAGGAUGUUUCAGGAGCAGGAGACAAUACAACAGAAGUCUUGAAACGCACACAGGCCUUGGGAUUUGUGGAUUCCAGCUGCAGUAAAAGCCAAUCAGUGGACUUGUACAAGGGUCGAACUAGAUCAAAAGGCAAUAGUUCUCCCUCAGGCCAAAGAUCAUCAUCUGUACCCCCUUCAAGCAGGAAGUCAACACCCACUUCUACUCCAACCAAACGAAACACUUUGUUAACAUCAUUGUCUGCCAAGUCAAGUCCCAAGCGCUGUCCUAAAGAAAACCUGUCACCUGGAUUUAAUCACCUCCUUGGCAAAGAAGAAAACCCAGUGACAAGGUUUGACAUCAACUUGGAUGAAGACGAUUUUGCGGAGUCAGUCCCCUCUUGCGGUUCAAGCCCAAGAAAAAGACUUCAGUUCUUUCCACUAGAGAAUACAGAAUCAAGGUAUCAUGUUGAUAAUGCUCAACGUGCGAUGCCCACUGAUUCUGUACUGAACGCGGUUAAGAUGGGGUCUAUCAUCAGUCGACCAGCUUGGGAAGACAAGAUAAUAACUGCUCAGAAAGAGAAACAAAAUGCAGCUCUACAAACUCCAUAUGAAACUGAGCUGACGUACAAAGCAAGGAUCGAGGCUUUGGGGGAAACAGAGAAACUCUUUGAUGCUCUCACACAAGAAAAGCAACAGAUUGAAGCUGCAUUAAGUCGCAUACCUGGUUCUACAGGCAGAAUGACUUUACAAGCAAGAUUGGAAAAGGAGUAGCGGUUCUCCCUGCCUGGAACAUCCAUUUUAUCUGCCGAGGGAGAUUUCCGCCAUCGUCAUGUUAGCAGUGUCCAUCGUAGCAGAACUGCUUUGAGUCAGUGAAUUGGACCACAUGGAAGAAUUCACUUUUGGAUAUGAAUGAAUAUGUCACAGUUGUCACCGAAUUCGUCAAAACCUGUGUGGAUAAGUGUGAGUCUUUGAGAACAUGCCAAGAUUACCCAGAGCAAAAGCGUGGAUGAACAGUGAGAGUCACAGUCUUGCUGAGUGCUAGAUAUGUGGUCUUCAAGGCUCCACAGGAAGUCCAGGUAUGACUAAUGGAAGGCUAUUUUAAGUACAAAAAUUAAUUCUGAUUGAAGUUGGGGUCAGAGUCAGGUGCACAUCAGCUCUGGCAAGUUUUGCAGGGUAUCACUUCCUUCAAGGUGAAACCUAACGUGAUAAAUUACUGUGAUGCUCCACUCCCAGAUGAGCUCAAUGCCUCUUACACACACUUUGAAAGGGAGAUUCCCUGUAGCAUCGGUGACCCUGUGAUACCUGUAUCAGAGGUCAAUAUCAGAAAUUUCCUUCAAGAGGGUGAACCCUCACAAGGUGUCAGCCCCAGUGGUGUAACUGGCAGGCACUGAAAAUCUGUGCCAACCAACAACCAGGAGUGUUCGAGACCUUCUGUCCCUCCUGACUGCAGGUGAAGGUUUCCACCUGCUUCAAAAGUGCAUCAAUCAUACUGGUGUCCAGGAAGAGGAGGGUGAGCUACCUCAGUGACAAUGGCCCAGUGGCACUCGUAUCUACUGUGAUGAAGCACUUUGAGAAGUUGGUCAUGGCUGGAAUUAAUUGCUGCCUUAGCAAGGACCUGACAAUAGGUAUACAGUGGCUGUCCACUCGGCCUUAGACCACCUGGACAAUAGCAAUACCAACAUCAGGCUGCUGUUUAUUGAUUAUAGCUCAGUGUUCAACACAAUUAUUCUCUCAGCUCUAAACAAGAAGCUUCAAAACCUGGGCUUCUCUACCUCCCUCUGCACCUGGAUCCUUAACUGUAGUCAGUGUGAUCAGAAAUCACACUGUGAUCACACAGUGAUCACACUGUAGUCAGUGUGAUCAGAAAUGACAUCUUCUCGCUGACAGUCAACACUGGUGCAACUCGAGGAUGUGUGCUUAGCCCACUGCUCUAUUCUCUGCACCCAUGAUUGGGGGCUAGGCCCAAGUCAACGACAUCUGUAAGUUCACCGAUGACAUAACUGUUAGUAGAAUCUCAUGGUAAUGAGGAGGCAGAGCUCCAAUAUUAUAUUCUGCCUUCUCUUUUCUUUUACUUCCUUGGUGCACACAAACAAAAUCUUCCACUGUACUCAGUGGAAAAGACAAAUAAUAAACCAUUAACAGUACCAGAAAUUGGGUGGGGGUGGGGUUUAUGCAAAGAUUGCAGGGGAAUGAGAAUUUUGUUUUCACCCAGUACUGAGGUAAUGUUCAUGGGUUCAACGUCCAUUCAGAAAUCAGACGGCAGAAAGGACGAAGCUGUUCCUAAUUCAUUGAGUGUGUGCCUUCAGGUUUCUGUACCACCUCCUCAAUGAUAGUAAUGAGAAGAGGCCGUGUCCUGAGUGGUGGGGGUCCUUAAUGAUGGAUGCUGCCUUUUUGAAGCACAGCUUCUUGGAAGUGUCUUGGAUACUACAGAGGCUAGCAUCUAUGAUAGAGCUGACUAAAUUUGCAACUCUGCAGCUUACUUCAAUCCUGUGCAGUAGCACCCCACUCCCCACCAUACCAGGCAGUGAUGCAGCCAGUUAAAAUGCUCUCCAUGGUACAUCUGUAGAAAUUUGCAAGUGUUUUAGGUGACAUAUUAAAUCUCCUCAAACUUCUAAUGAAAUAUACCCAGUGUGUUGCCUUCUUUGUAGCUGCAUCGAUAUGUAGGGAAUUUGAAAUUGUUAACUCUCUCCACUUCUGAUCCUACUGAGGAUUGGUGUGUGUUCCCUUGUCUAACUCCUUUCAGAAGUCCACAAUCAACUCUUCGGUCUUAUUGACAUGCAGUUUCCAGUUAUGUAAAUAUUCUUGGGCAAAGAUGCAAAACCUCAGUCUAAAACUGAAGGGACAUUGUUCACAAAAUUAUUAUUUUCUGGGACAUGUUAUUUGGCUGAGGUAACUUGGACAGUCUAAAUCUGCACGAUCCCAGUUUUCCGUCCCAGCAUGGGUGAGUUCAUCAUUUCAGAGCAUUUAUUUAAACUUUACAUUGUUCACUAGGUACUCAUGACUUUGAAUGUUUUUUUUUGCAGGAAGCUUUAGAAGAUCGAUUGGAAAAGAUCAAUCGUGAUCUCGGAUCAGUGCGGAUGACACUGAAGCGGUUUCACAUUUUACGAACCUCUGCAAAUUUGUGAACUGUUUUCCAAUUUUUAUUUGACCAGAUGUUUACUUGCACUACAGUUACAUUGUUAUGCACUGUUAUCACUAACAGAAGGCGGGUUUAUUUUUGAUCAUCUUGUAACUAAAUGAUGGCCUUACAAUGCACAUCCUUGUAUUAGGGGUCACACAGUUGUGUAUAUACAGAAGAAAACAUUCUGUGCCUUUUUAGAGAAAUGCAGUCCAUAUCUCAAUUAGUUUUGUUAUUAAAGGUUGGAACCAAAACCCAUAAAGGAUAUAUUUUGGUAAUGGUCAGAACGUGUAUUAUAUACAUACUUUUGUAAAUGAUUUAGAACAUCUGGAAGUGAAUAUUAUUUGUUUAAAAUUUAGAUUAAGAUGGAAAGUGUCUGUCAGAAAUUAUUUUGCAGAUGAUAUCUGUCAGAAAUUUUAAUAUUUUAUAUUUGAAGUUGAAAUACAUUUAUGAGCUAAUUUUUUAAAGAAACAUCAUUAAAAUACAGUAUUGAAUAAAUUAAUGG